CGCUCUGGCGCUCUCUCUCUCUCUCUGUCUGUCCUUGUCUCGAUGGUGCGAGCAAGAGAGAAAAAUGGGAACGAUAAAGAAGAAUUUGUUGAUCCAUCCACCCAACAGCUUAAAUGGGUCCCAAAUUCCGACCCCAAAAGCCUCUUUUGUUGUUCUUCAGGCGCCACAGAACAUGGCGAGCACAUGGGAAAAACAGGGGUCUAAAGAGGAUGUUUUGUUCGUGGAAUUGCCUGCUCCUCCUGGUUGGAACAAAAAGUUUUUGCCCAAGUUAGAUGGGAUCACUAAGAAAAAUGAAAUCAUCUUCAUAGCUCCUACAGGGGAGGAGAUUCAUAGCAAAAGGCAGCUGGAUCAGUAUCUAAAAUCACACCCUGGUAAUCCAGCAUCUUCUGAGUUUGAUUGGGGUACUGGUGAAACACCUAGAAGAUCAGCUAGAAUUAGUGAGAAGGCCAAGGCAGCUCCCCCUUCACCUCAAAUUGAACGGCCUAAGAAACGAACACGAAAACAACCUCUUUCGAGAAAGGAUGAUAAUAAAGAGGCAGAUGUUGUCCCAGACGGUUUCGAGGAGAAAGGAGUUCAUAAGGAAAAUGAGACCGAAGUUGAUGGCAAGGUGAAAAAAAUCUACGUGGAGGGAAAUGAUGAAAAUAGUAAAUUGAAAGAGGAGAAUGUGAAAGAUGAGACUAUCCCCACCCCCAUCGAAGUGGCUGAAGAGGGACGGGGUAUUGAUGGCGACGAAUGCGAGAAGCUUGCUGAAACAGAGCAGGCUAGUGAGGGUUCUGAAAAUGCAAGAAAGGAGAAUCAAAGUUUGGAGGGAACAAAAGGGGAAGAGGAGGUUCAACUUCAAGAUGAUGCAAAGGAAUCCAUUUCUACUUGUUCAAAGGAUAAGGCAGCCAUUCCAGAAGAAACAACAGUUGAAGUGCAAAGAAACAACCAAGACCAACUUAACUAAAGUUCUACCAUAUCAGGAGAAAUCAAGGUGGAAGAAGUAGCAAAAGAGACCAAAGAAGAACAUGAUGAAAAGGUAGAAAGUUAACAGAACUGGAAGUAGUUAUGUGAACUGAUGUGAAUCUGUGAAAUUGAUUUACAUGUCUAGUUCGAACCGUUAAACAAGGAAGAUAUCAGUGUUCGAACAUCAUUUACCCGAUUACUCGAUUCGUAUGCUGAGACAUAUCUAUGUAAUUAUCAUUUUUAGGAUAGUCAUUUGUAUCUGUAUGUACCAUCUUUGUAUAAACAUUUAGUGUGCAGCAAUUUCUGUUCCAUUUACAUUACAUGACAGUGUAAUUAGAAUGCAGUCUUGUGAUGAUUUCGUAGUACAGCAGUUAUUGAUUUUAUUGAA